AUAUUCAUCAAGACUCUCGACGGCAAGAACAUAACAUACCGAGAUGUCGAUAUCGAGAGCGCAACAGUCGAGGACAUGAAACGACUGGUUGAGGAGCGCCAAGGCAUUGAGCCUGAUCAGCAACGCCUCAUUUGUUUUGGAAAGCAGUUGGAAGAUGGCGAACUCUUGAGCGAGUACAAUAUUCGAGACGGCGUGACGGUACAUCUCGGUACGGUUCCUUUUCUCGAUCUUAUCCUCAAUAUUUCAUCUGGUGACUGA